AUGAUCGAACCCAUUGGGAAUCAGUACAUUGUAGCCAGGCCAGUGUAUUCUGCGAAUGCUUUUGGGGAAGAACACAAGAAGAAGCAGAGGCAUCACAAGACCUUUCUGGAUCAUCUCAAAGUGUGUUGUAGCUGUUCCACACAAAAGGCCAAGAGAAUCGCCCUGUCUUUGUUCCCCAUAGCAUCUUGGUUACCAGCCUACCGGAUAAAGGAAUGGCUACUCAGUGACAUUGUUUCCGGAAUCAGCACAGGGCUGGUAGCUGUACUGCAAGGUUUAGCAUUUGCUCUGCUGGUCACCAUCCCCCCAAGCUACGGACUGUAUGCAGCCUUUUUCCCAGUUAUAAUCUACUUUUUCUUGGGCACUUCUAAACACAUAUCUGUGGGUCCAUUUCCAGUUCUGAGUAUGAUGGUGGGAGCAGUAGUUGUGAGAUUAACCCCGUCGGAGAGUACAGCUGCUCUGGAACUCUCUAAUAGCUCAAUGAGUAAUGAUUCAUCAGCAGAUGAGUAUAAGGUGAUGGUGGCUGCCACGGUUACAAUCCUUUCUGGAAUCAUUCAGUUGCUCAUGGGAGUUCUGCAGAUUGGGUUCGUGGUGAUCUAUCUAUCGGAGUCCCUAAUCAGUGGCUUCACCACAGCUGCUGCCGUGCACGUUUUGGUUUCUCAGCUCAAGUUUAUGCUUCAGCUGAAUGUUCCUGCACACACUGAUCCAUUUUCAAUUUUCAAAGUACUGAAUUCCAUAUUCACACAAAUAGAGAAGACUAACAUUGCAGACCUUGUGACAUCCUUGAUUAUUCUGCUGAUUGUAUUUGUGGUUAAGGAAAUAAAUCAGCGCUACAAAGCCAAACUUCCGGUGCCCAUCCCAAUUGAACUCAUCAUGACUGUGAUCGCAACAGGUGUGUCCUAUGGCUUUGACUUCAAAAACAGGUUUGAGGUGGCUGUGGUUGGGGAGAUGGAAAGAGGAUUUCAGUCCCCCAGUGCACCCGACAUGCAGAUUUUCCAAGAGACCAUCGGGGAUAGCUUCGGCAUCGCGAUCGUUGGCUUUGUGGUGGCCUUCUCAGUGGCCAGCGUCUAUUCCCUCAAGUAUGAUUACCCGAUUGAUGGCAAUCAGGAGUUAAUAGCCUUGGGAUUGAGUAACAUAUUCAGUGGAUCAUUCAAAGGCUUUGCCGCGAGUACUGCCCUCUCCAGAUCGGGGGUUCAGGAGAGCACUGGAGGCAAAACACAGAUUGCUGGGCUUCUCUCUGCUAUCAUCGUUCUGAUUGUCAUUGUAUCCAUUGGAUUUCUUCUGGAGCCACUACAAAAGUCUGUCCUGGCAGCGUUAGCACUUGGGAACCUGAAGGGAAUGCUGAUGCAGUUCACAGAAAUACGAAGACUGUGGCAAAAGGAUAAAUACGAUUGUCUGAUAUGGAUCAUGACCUUCAUCUUUGCCAUUGUCCUGGGACUCGGGUUGGGCCUGGCGGCCAGCGUGGCAUUCCAGCUCCUGACCAUUGUGUUCAGGACCCAGUUUCCAAAAUGUAGCACACUGGCGAAUGUUGGAAGGAGCAACGUCUAUAAGAAUAAAAAAGAUUACUCUGACAUGUAUGAACCAGAAGGGGUGAAGAUCUUCAGGUGUCCAUCUCCCAUCUACUUUGCAAACAUUCAUUUCUUUAAGCAGAAACUUAUCGAUGCUGUUGGCUUUAAUCCACUACGAAUUCUACGCAAGCGCAACAAAGCUUUGAAGAAAAUCCGAAAACUGCAGAAAAAAGGCUUGCUGCAAGUGACACCAAAAGGAAUUAUAUGUACCAAUGAUGGCUUUAAAGAUUCCGACGAAGAGCUGGACAACAAUCAGAUAGAAGGACUGGAUCAACCGAUCAAUACCACCGACCUGCCUUUCGAGAUAGACUGGAAUGCCGACCUCCCUCUCAACACUAUGGUCCCUAAAAUCAGCCUGCAUAGCCUCAUUCUCGACUUUUCAGCUGUGUCAUUUCUUGACAUUUCUUCAAUGAGAGGUCUCAAAACGCUUUUGCAAGAAUUUAUCAGGAUCAACGUAGAUGUGUAUAUUGUUGGAAGUGACGAUGAUUUCAUCGAGAAGCUUGUACAGUGUGAAUUUUUUGAUGAUGAAGUCAAGGACUCCAUCUUCUUCUUAACAAUCCAUGAUGCUGUUUUGCACAUUCUGAUGAAGAAGGAUUACAGUGCUUCAAAGUUUAAUUCCAGUCAGGAAAAACAACCGAAAUCUGAUUUUACCAUAAAUACAAAUGGAGGAUUACGUAAUCGAGAAUGUCAGGUACCAGUUGAAACAAAAUUCUAAUCAACACAUAACUCGGAAGGACCCUCAUCUGACUGUCACAUAAAGAACAACCUUAUACCCAGAAAGUUAUUGAUAAGUUCAUACAUUGUAUGAGGAAUAUUUUUACUCAG